UCAUUUAUAAUUUAUGGACGCAUAAACAGAUGUUAUUGUUAACGGGACCAUUAUCUGGGGGAUUUUAUUCCGCUCAAAUGAAAAUAAGGAUACAAACGAAACAAGAGAUAUCAGAUCCCAGCGUAAAAAAAACUUCCACCUAGUGAUACUCAGGGAACCUGCUGCGCUUCACGGACUAGUCUGCUCGAUUUGACGUUUCUAAUCUUUUAAUUAGUUAAAACUGGCUAUCGCCUAUAGUCAUUUGAAGUCAACUGAUAAGAUGGCAUCUCAUCGUUACGGGGAGCUCAGUGGAUUCGAUUCAGGAUCGCUUAGUGAAAGACAAGACUCAAUGUUUGACCGAUAUCUCGAUGAAAUGAAACCGUACGUACUUCGGCUGCCCCACAAAUCAGAGAGGCAAAGAGUUGCACUAUGGAUUAAAAAACUGUGUGAGCCUCCUGGUCCAGGAACAAGUGGAAGGAAAAACCGCAACCUUUAUGCUCAGUUGUUGCUCCAUAUGGUUAAACGCAACCUGUUAGAGGAACCAUUUACCAGACGACCUGAGGCAGGACCACUCAAAACCUUGCCAUCAUACAUGUCCAUUUAUCUUGAUGAACCUAUACAAAAGAGAAGUGCCAGUGCAGAACUUGAAGAGGAAUUUGGUCAUAAACCACCAGAUUGGCUCAGAGAAAUCCCCAGUUCAUCAGGAAGUGCUCUUUCAGAUAUCUCAGGAAGCAUCCCCUCUACUUCAAGAAGGGAGUUGCCAACUACUAGUGGUGUAAAUCCAGUCACUGGGCCACGAUCCACAACUUACAGCACUUCUAGCAGAGAGGAGAAAAAUGGUUAUGAAGUGGCUCCUGGAUUUGAUCAACCACUUGAGGAAAAACGUUACAAGGGAAGACUGUCUUCUGGCUACCCAGGCUCUGAUGAUAUUCUAGAGUCAAGAUAUGGCGGUCGUAUUUCCCCACCACCUCGUCGGCAUUAUGAGAGUCCAUCAGAAUAUCAGCACACCGACUCAGGGUAUCCUUCUACGUCACCACCAUCAAAAACAAAUCACUACAAUGGGUUUACCAAAGGAAUAUCAUCUUUAAAUGGAACUUUGCGAGAAGACCAUAGCUUCAAUCGUUCCAGUGACAGAGAGAUUGAGCUAAGAACAAAGAUGGUUGAGGCCAAAUAUCAUGAAGAUAAACUUAAACUUCAGCAACAACAUGAUGUUGCAGUUCAAAAGAUUCUAGAUAGAAAGAACAUGGAGUUGGAGGAAGUGAAAUCACAUUACAGAAACAAAAUAACUGAAAUGGAAGCAGCUGCCAAGAAACAGGAAAGGAAAGUCUCCCAGCUUGUAAGAGAUGCUCAGACAAUGAAGGAACAAAGAGAUGCCCAAUUAGCAGAGUUAAAGACCCUUGCAGAGCAGAAUGGUGAAACAGCACAACAUGACUUUGAGAAGAAGUUGAAUGACAAGGUGGCUGAGUUUGAGCAAGAGAAGUUUGAGAUGCAGAAGCAACACACUCAAAACAUUCAAGAAUUGCUGGACGAAACAAAUCAGAGAUUGCAAAAAAUGGAGACAGAAUACAACCAACAGAACAGUACUACUAGACUUGUCAUUCAGGAGUUAGAAGCACGAGUACAACAACUUACCCAGGAAUCAGAAGAACUUCAGAAUUCUAGAUCAAAACUUGCCAAGGACAAGGAAGAACUAGAACAGCAAGCAUCAUCUUUGUCAACUGAAUUGCAGGAGGCAAAAUCAAGUCUGUCCAAAAUGGAGAAAGAUCAUUCGCAAGCAAUUAAUGAACAUAAGACGGUAGUCAAACAGUUGAACAAGAAGACAGAUUCCAGUAUGGAAAGCAUGAAGCAACAGCAUACCGCAGCGAUUUCUAAGGCCACCGACACUAUAGCAGAAUUGGAGACACAGGUCAACCAACUUAAACAAGCUCUACAAGAUUCGGAGUUUCAACGACAGAGGCAGCUUAGGGAACUAGAAUCUGCCCACAAGCAGGAGAAAUUGAAUUUAGAACAUUUACACGAGAAAAAGAUUCGAGGUAUUCAAUCUGAGCUCGAACAAGGCGAGGCAGAAUCGGAGAAGCGGAUGAGAAAGUUGGAAAAUCUUGUCAAAGAACGUGAAGAUCAAAUCCAAAAGCUGUCAGAGGCUCAGAAACAACAAGCUCAACACGCCGAGCAUGCGCUAGAGGAUUUUAAAAGUCAAGUGGAGAGGAAUUCGGGAAGGAUGUUUGAUGAGAUGAAAGCCCAGAUGGAGAAGGUCGAGGAAGACCUGGCUCGCUCAAAGAACCUUCGUGAAAAGCAGGCGAAGGAGUUUAGUCGACAACUGGAUGAUCUUAAAAUCAAACACGAAAAGGAGAUUGCAGAGAUAAACAUUCGUCAUGAACAAGAGAAGGCACAGACUUUAAGAGCGCACCAGAUAGAGAGGGACUCGUCAUUAAAAGAACAAGAACAGGAAAAGGAAAUACAGUUGGAGAAACUUCGUCAAAGAAUGCUUGAACAUGAAAAUCAAACGAGAAACAGAGCAAACAAGGACGCCAAGACUAUCGCUGAGUUGGAGCAACAAGUACGAGAAUUGCGAGAGGAGCUUAUUCAAGCGAAUUCAACGCAUAAAACUCAGUUGAUGGAGCUGAGCCUGUUGAGAGAAGAGGAGAAACAAACGUUCAAGAGACAGGAUGAAAACUCGCAAAUGAAAUUCAAGAGUCAGCUUGAGCAACAGAGAUUACAGUUACAGCGCGAACAUAGCAGCGAAAUGGAACAGAUUCUAGAUAAAACGAACAACAGGAUAAAACAAAUGGAGGAAGAGUAUACAACACGAUCUUCAAAGGGACAUCAGGUUGUAGAAACACUUGAAGAAGAAAUAAAGAAAUUAAAAGAAGAGAACAACCGCACAAGAACAAACUUGGAAAAGAAGCUUGCUCAGACAACGGCAAAAUACGAAGAAGAGAAAGCGUCGGUGAAAAAGCAUCAUUCUUCAAUUGCUAAGUCUUUGCAGCAAGACGUAGAAACACAAAAAACAAUGGUUCGACAUUUAGAGAAACGAAUUCAACAAGUGGAGCUUGACUCGCAAGAAAAAUUGUCCAGAUUGCGUCUGCAGCAUGAAGAGAAAAUAAAAGGUCUUAUGCCGGCUUCUCUUCGAGAGGACCUUGAGGACACCAUUGAAUCUCUUAGACAGCAGAUCUCAGUGUUACAGUCCCGCACACGGGUGCUACAGGAAGAACUGGAUACCAGAAACCAGUUCUCAUCGUCUUUUAAUGUAUCAUCGGUUCGUGACCAAGAUGAAUCAUAGCAACUGCUGAAGGGACUCGUCGUGAAACAAAAGAGACCUGGAAUUCGUUUCCUAACAAAGCAAAGUGUAUUGUAUGACAAUGUUGUUACUUCGUCUACACUAUACCUACUAGAAGCGCUUUCCUUUUCUUUGACCAUGCCUUUUUACGUGCAAAUCUAUCGCAAAAAGGCAAAUUGUAAUAUUUGUAACGUAAAUAACGAGUGAUUUUACGACUGUAUGAAAUUAAUGUAAUUUAAUCUAUUUUAUAAACCACUGCGUGAAUGA